AUGGCUGAGACGUCAAACGGACGCCCUCCGGUGCAAGAGGGCGGCGAGCGAGCUGAGGAACAGCACGAACACCAGCAACCGGACCAGCAGCCUAUAUCCGAGGAGGAGCGUUUGCCCACCCUAAGUCAACAUGCUAGUCGUGACGCGACUGAAUUGACAGCACGCAUGAGACGCCAAUACAGCCGAGCCUCCACCCGGCGAUCAGCCCCCGUAGCAAUCAACAAGCCGACGACCGUCCUAGGAUCGGGGAUCGCCAACUUCAGGAAGUUCUGGAGGCGCCAGAUCAGCAUCACCGUUGAUCAUACCUCUGCCCGAGACCACUUAGCCGACUCCAACAUUCUGCCACACCAAACCCUCGAAUCGGAUUCUUCAUGCUUGCAAAACCAUUAUCCUGUACCUGCCAGGGUGCGGCAAUCUACACCCUAG